UGCGCCUAUCUCUCCACUCUACCAUGUUAUGCCGCCAUCUUGAAUUUUAAUGUGUAAAUCCUUUUAAAAAUGUGUUUCCCGAGAUAUUAACCGUGUCGUGACACAUUUGGAUGAGAUUCGUGGAAUGUAAUUGCGUGUCGUGGGUGCUUGACUUCACCAACCAAUUCAAGUUCCCAGUCUUAAUCUUACCCACUCGAGCGUUUCCUCAUCUCGAAGACUAAAUGCAACUGGACCAAGGGGCUUGUGGGCAUGAAGUGGCUGGGCGAAUCCAAGAACAUGGUGUUAAAUGGAAGACGACACGGAAGCAAGUUAAGCAACGAUCCUCCUGUAAAACAGAGUCAGACUCGUUCUCAGCAGUCGCAGCGCACUUCCCUACGCCACAACAAAACACUUCCCAGAAAUCGAAGAUGUAGCCGCAGGUUCAGUGCAGCCAACCUGGAGGCAGAGAGGCGCUAUGUGCCAUCUUCAGGGAUGACUGCCAAAGAGUUGUGUGAGAAUGACGAUUUGACGACCAGCCUUAUCCUCGACCCGUAUUUGGGCUUUCAAACUCACAAAAUGAACACAAGAUUCCGUCCCAUCAAAGGGAGACAAGAGGAGUUGAAGGAUAUUAUUGAAAGCUUCAAGAAGCAUGAUAACUUGGAAAAAGCUUUCAGAGCUUUAACAACGGGGGACUGGUCUCGAAAUCUGUUUGUGCACAAAACAAAAGCUCAAGAAAAGCUCUUCAAGCAACAUGUGUUUGUGUAUCUGCGGAUGUUUGCCACCGACAGUGGGUUUGAGAUCCUUCCCUGCAACCGCUAUUCAUCUGAGCAAAAUGGAGCCAAAAUUGUGGCAACAAAGGAAUGGAAAAGGAAUGACAAAAUUGAAUACUUGGUCGGAUGCAUUGCUGAGCUUUCAGAGCAUGAGGAAAACAUGUUGCUUCGCCAUGGAGAGAAUGACUUCAGCGUCAUGUAUUCAACUAGAAAAAACUGUGCACAGCUCUGGCUGGGUCCGGCUGCUUUUAUCAAUCAUGAUUGUCGUCCAAACUGCAAGUUUGUAUCGACAGGACGGGACACUGCAUGUGUGAAGGUUUUAAGGGAUAUUGAACCCGGAGAGGAAAUAUCCUGUUAUUAUGGGGAUGGCUUUUUUGGGGAAAACAAUGAAUUUUGUGAGUGCUACACGUGUGAACGACGUGGCACAGGUGCUUUCAAAUCCAAAGCUGGUCUCCCCAUGGAGGUGCCCGUGAUAAACAGCAAGUAUGGGUUGCGGGAAACCGACAAACGCCUGAAUAGGCUGAAGAAGUUGGAGGGAAACAGAAGCUCAGACAGUCACUCAGUCGGUUCCCACACUGAUGUUGACUGUCAGGACAUGCCAAAAACGCAUCGAUCCUCCAGAAAAAGCACUUCAUCAUCGCCUCCGUCUAGCUUGAAAUAUAAAAACCGGACUCAAACGAGAGCUCAUUCUACCUCAUGUUCAAAACAAGGUCGUGUAAAUAAUAGCAGGGUACCAAAGAGACUUAAAUCUCAAACUAGACCUUCGCAUAGUAAGGUCCAGUUGCGGAGCCAGCGCAGAGGUGCAGUGUCCAAGGUGUUGGCCAAAGCCGAGACUUGCCAGACGGGUCUCAGAGACACAAAAGUUUCACAGUGUAAAGGUGCGAUCAAGAAGGAAAAUGAGGGACAGCAUCUGGUGCAACAGACACUUCAGCGAGGUUGUCUGACCCGACAUGCUGCCAAGGAAAACGGCACUCUAGCAGUCAUGCAAAACAGUGAGGGUGGCCAGUCUUCGUACAGGACUCGCAGGUCUGCAAGGACUGUUGUGAAAUCACAAGACAACGGAACCGCAGUGAAGUUGCAACCCACCGCCAUGCGUGGCUUGAGUCCUGUUCCCGGUGGCGUGGUCAUUAAAACUGAGCCAGCAGACAUGGAGGAGUACCUACACCACGGUUUAGGAUUCGAGCAGUCGUCCUUCGACCCUCAUUAUACCCGAAGAGGUUCUUGCACCAGACAGAAACGGCCCACACGACUCAGGAAUGAGCGGACAAUAAAGUGUGAGGACUCUUAUGGUGAGCCAUUGAGGCCAGUGGCAGUUGGCCAUCCAGCGAACUACUCAGACUGUGGAAAUAUGUUUUUGAGCUUCUCUGAUCGACAUCGGGACUACAAAAGACUAGCUAAUGGCAGGAAAUCCCUGAGACGGGAGAAAAGUAAGGGCAGUUAUAGGUCGCAGGACAAGGGCAAGAAGAAGCGCCAGAUAACACGAUAUGAUGCUCAGUUAAUCCUGGAAAACAGCACAGGCGUGCCCAAGCUAACUCUCCGCCGGCGGAGAGACAGCAGCAGUAGCAAGACCAGUGAUCGAAAAGAUGUCAUCGGUUCCUCCAGCCUUUCUACAUCGACGGUCAAUUCAGCCUCUUCCAGCAAAAUCAGCAUUAAGUUCAGCAAAGACCACGACAAGGACAAAGGGAGCUCGUACAUUGCCAAGCUGAACAAUGGUUUUGCUCCUGUGGUCCACAGCAACUCCACCAAGCUUAAGAUUCAGCUGAAAAGAGAGGAGGACGUACGGAGAAUAUCCCAGUCAAAGGCUGACCAUAUGUCUUUUAACAAUGGCGACAUGGGUCAAACUCUGGAGACCAGGAACGGUGGACAUCGAGCACAAAAGGUCUUGGGUGAUCCUACAUCAGAGGAGGACAACUGUGAGGAAGGGGAGGACGAUGACUACUUUGACAAUGAGUUUGAAGACGACUUCAUCCCACUUCCUCCGGCGAAGCGCCUCCGGCUCAUUGUGGGCAAGGACUCGAUAGACAUUGAUAUCUCCUCCAGGAGGAGAGAAGAUCAGUCGCUGAGGCUCAAUGCAUAAGCUGUGGAGUUCAUUACUCCUUUGUCUUGUAGAUAAAGAUGAUUCAUAAAUCAACUGUUGUGUUGAUGUAAAAUAGUAAUUUAAAAACAAGCUCAUGUUUAAAGUCUGCACAUUACUAGAAGGGGCUGUUUACUUAAACCAAAUCUCUUUUUCACUUCAGUAUUUGGUGCAACAUGACGAAACCCAACACUUCAUUGCAUAUUGCUCUUUAAGCAUUUGAUGUUCAACUUAUUAUGCUCAUGUUUUAGAAUGUUUUGGGCAGACUUGGAAAACGGGUUUGAUUUAAGCUAAGCAGCUCAUUUAAGUGAAUGCACUUGAUAUUUUCACAAUGGAACAUGAUUUUGUAGAAAGUGUACAGUACAGUAACUAUCUCCUGUCUUAUAGGCAGUUUUUUUUUUUAAUUACUUUUUGUCUCAUUCUUCAUAUUUGUGUAAACAUCUACCCCGUUGCUCCACAGCAACUCAGUUGGUCCAGGGGUCUUACAAUCAAACUCACCUCAGUUGGCUUCGAGUGCCAUGUUUUCUUUCUUUCUGUGGAGUCCAUUCCAAAUUAAAGGAGAUUUCACCCUG